AUGUUGUUUUCUUUGCUGAUUGUGCUGCAUCUCUGCUUUGUGCUCCUAUGGAGUGCUUGUGGUUACCUGGUUUACAUUCGAGAUGUGGCUGGACCUCAACUACACUUUCCCUAUAAGGCCAGCAAGGAAUCCACCUUAGAAUACUGCGGACCCACUACCGAUAACUUUGAGGACUUGAUUGUUAGUGAAGAUAUGGGCCUUGAUAAGGCUGAGGAACAAACGGAUGAACAUGGAUUGGCGGUUGUGAGAAACAUUCUUUCUGGCAAGACAGCAUCUAAUCUUCGUGAUUAUAUUCUCAGAGCCAACCAUAAAAUUGAAUCUACUUUUGUGCUGAGUGGGCAGAACAGAUAUCACAUCAUGCCGACUCACGAAGAACCAGCCAUUCAAGCUGCACUCAAGGAGAUUGGGACACAUCCAGUGAUGAAACCACUGAUUGACAGAAUGCUUGGCCCCAAGAGUUCAUUAGUGGCCUUUUCCGUCAUUACCAAUCUAUACGGCGCUCAAGAUCAGAUUUGGCAUUACGAUACUGGAACGUCCCAUGCAAGUUAUCCAGACUACUUUGUUCCUGAAUAUACCCUUGCAAUUCCACUUCAGGAUACCACUAAAGAAAUGGGUGCGACAGGCAUUUGCCCGGGAACUCACAAAUGCUCCUGGCCUGAUGUUGACUGGGAAGAUCUCGAAGAAGAAUACAAUUCUGAUCCAACAGCCCAAGGUGUCUAUGGCAGUUUCGAUCAAUGGACUCGAUAUCAUUUGCCGUGUGACUUGGCUGUAAACGUCACUGCUGGAGAUGGCAUGCUAUAUAAUGCAGACGUCUAUCACCGCGGGUCGGGCCACAAGGAUCCCAAUGCUCCUGAACGAGUAGUUGCCUUUUUAACCUUUGCGGGUUCCCGACAGUCUCCCCAGGACCAUCGAUCUCUGCCAUUGGGAACUGUCCACUCAUUGGAUUGGAGAAGUUGGGGCCAUACCAUUGAUGAUUUUGCUACCGUUGACACCAAGCCAUGGCGACUAUGGCAUCCUUUUGGACUCUUCAAUCCAUGUAGGGCUCACGGAAUCCGCCCUUGGACUGUCCUAGACUAUUUCUUUAUGAUAUUCCGACACAGUAACGAAGCCAUGCACAUGAUUUCUGCUGAUUUUGAUGAAGAAUAUUUUGAAGAGUUGGUCUACGAUACCAUCUGGCAGGUAUCGUGUGCUUCGAUAGUAUACUUAGGCAUUGUGCCCUUCAUCUGGAUCUGGCUCUUUCUUCAACUAUCGAGAAAAGUCCAACGUUUGCAAGUUGUCAAAAUAAAGCAAAGCUAG